CUUCAAUUAAAAAAAAUUUACUGCUAACCUCUUAUUUUUCUGAGUGACAAUGUUAUGUAGAAGUUCUGCCAAACAUCAACGACCAAAGUCUCCCAGGGUCCAACCCCCAAACUUUGACUGCUGUCAUGCAACAUCACUCAGCCGCCACUAAACGCUGCCGUUCCUAAUCAACAAUUCAUAUCCACAAUCAACAUUCACUAAAUAUCUCGAACAAAUUCACAAUUCACACCGGAAGUUCUCUUCUCGACGGCGAAAACAACCGCCCGCCGCCGUUCUUGAUCCUCCUCAACCAUAGAAAGCACCCAUGUUUCAUUAAAGUUUCCAUAUUUCAUAGGUUCAUUUCCAUUAAUUUCUUCAGAACGAAAACAGAGCAAAACAGGGGAGAAUGAAGCUUGAUCUACUCUCAAUUGCGGUUUUGAUGUCACUUUCUUUCUCUCCAGUUUCAGCUAGUUUCUUUCCCAGUAUCACAUCCAUUCCUCGGUCGCUCCCAAAGGCCACCGCUGGGGCUUGGGACGUUUUCCACAAUUUCACCGGCUGCCAUUCUGGACAAAAAGUUAAUGGGUUGUCCAAGCUCAAGAAGUACUUCGGCCGGUUCGGUUACAUCCCAGACGUCGGUGCCAACUGCACCGACGAUUUCGAUAAUGCCCUCGAGGCCGCCCUCAGAACGUACCAGAAAAACUUCAAUCUCAGCGUCACCGGUCAGCUCGACGACCAGACGCUUCAGCAGAUAAUGCGGCCCAGAUGCGGGAACGCCGAUAUAGUCAACGGAACGACCUCCAUGAAUUCCGGUAAAAUGUCGUCGGCGCGUUUACAUACCACGGCUCAUUACUCUUUCUUCCCUGGGACCCCCCGUUGGCCCGACGGCGAGCGCGACCUAACGUACGCGUUUUUUGAUAAUUUGACCGACGACGUUAAGAGCGUGUUCUCACGGGCCUUCAAUAGAUGGGCGGCGGUGACGCCCUUGACGUUCACUCUGGUGGAUUCCUUAGUAUCGGCCGAUAUCAGAAUUGGGUUUUUCGAGGGAGAUCACGGUGACGGCCAACCGUUUGAUGGGGCUUUGGGGACUCUCGCCCACGCGUUUGCUCCACCAGCUGGACGGUUCCACUUGGACGCCGCCGAAAACUGGUUGGUGACUGAUAAUGGCAGCACGUUGGCGCAGUCUUCAGCCUUCGACCUGGAGUCCGUGGCGGUACAUGAGAUUGGGCAUUUGUUGGGGUUGGGACAUUCAUCGGUGAAAGGAUCCAUCAUGUACCCCACCAUUUCUUCCGGUGUCAGAAAAGUCGAAUUGGCGAACGACGAUAUACGCGGGAUCCAGGAAUUGUACGGCAGAAAAAUCAAUUCCAACGGUACGACCACCGCCUCCGCUGGGGAGACGGACGCUAGUGAGAACAGUGCUGCUCACUAUGGAGGGGGUUCACGGUGGUUCCUUGGUGUGUUAUUAGCCGUUGGAUUUGGGUUGUUGGAUUUGUAGUCGUAGAUCGUCUAAUCAGAGAAAAUUUCGAUUCUUUUUGGGCCAUUGUUUCUCUUUAAAUGCGAUUUAUUAGAUGGAGCCCAUAUAUUUAUUUAUUUUGAACAUGUGAGCCCAUUUAUAAACAUAAAAAGCUUGA